GAGCGCGAGCAAGCGAGGCGCGCGCGCACACAUACGCGCACACACAGCCGGGCUCGCUCCGAGAUCCCCGGCCACGUAAGUAACUAUUAAUACCGCCUCGCCCGGGGAUGCGGGCGUGCUUGAGCGCCGGGAUUGGCCUAGGGCGCCGUGGCCAUCCCCUUUAAUUUUUAAAUACACGGUCCUCUCCUACUUCUGGGUGGCAAGAAAAAAAAAAUAAUAAGAAAAGAAGACAAGCCGUCGAUUUUUAUUUUUCCUGCAGAGCAAACCCCGCCGUGCAAUUUGGUCGCAAGGCAUCGGGAGACAAGAGUGGUUUGCAAAUUGUUUCAAGGCUCAAGACCCAGUUGUGCAGCGGAAAAGGAACGCCGCGGGUUGACGGAGUCCGGGGAGCAUCUGCUGGCAGCUCCUGCAGGACCCCCGGAAAGCUCCUGCUGCUGGUACCCCCCAGGUCACCGCCCGCACUUCUUGCUUCAUCGGAGGAGGAUCUGGGACGUGAGCAGCGACAGCAAGAGCUAGUGCUGACCGCGCGGGCUCUGCCUUGGGCUUUGUCGCGGUACCUGUGCCUGCCCUACUCCGCGCACUCCCUACUCAGCUUUUGCAAUCUUUUGUUGCCACUGCUGACCGCCCCAAGUUAAAAGCGCCUUUGCAAUUUUUUUUUUCUGUCUUUUUUUUUUUUUCUUGAGAGAGACAGCUCUGCGAUUUUUUGGAAAAGCCUCAGACGCCAUCUACAGUUAAGACUUAGGUAACUGCCCUCUCUAGCACCCCCCUUACACGCCCCCCACCCUUUCCACCAAAAAGAGGGGGGUGCAGCGCGGAUUCUGGCUGCCGCGCGGCGUGAGCCGGUAGACCCGAGCUUAUUUCCUUUUUCUUUUUGUUUGGUUUCUAACGCGUGGAGGGCGAGCCGGCGCCGCGCGCUCCCUGAAGACUGCACAAACUCCACGCAGGGCUUCUCCGCCCGGUCUGCGGAUCCUCAGCUGGGGAUCGCUCAGAAGCCCGGCGCUGCAGCUCCUCACCCCAGAGGCACGCUCACUCGUCCAGAUCCACGCUGCGAACAGAGACCCACUGAGUCCAGCGUGCGGUUCUGCACCGCGCUGGCAGCUUCUGGGUAACAAAAGGACCCGAGUUGUCCGCAGAGCGAGCACCCCCGGGAGCGGGGCUCGCAGCCGGGGACCAGCCCUGCAGCGCCCAUCUGGGGGCUAGUUCUUAACUCUUCCUCCACGGAGCCCCAGACGGGUCCCCUCCCUUCUUGAUCCUUUUAAGUCGGUAGCACCGAGGCGCCUGCACCGGCGCGGCUCAUCCAUCUCUCCAGAGGGGUUUUUUGGUUUGUUUGUUUGUUUUGUCGUGUGCGAUCCUCACACUCAUGAACAUACACAGGUCUACCCCUAUCACAAUAGCGAGAUAUGGGAGAUCGCGGAACAAAACCCAGGAUUUCGAAGAGCUGUCGUCUAUAAGGUCCGCUGAGCCCAGCCAGAGUUUCAGCCCGAACCUUGGCUCUCCGAGCCCGCCCGAGACUCCGAACUUGUCGCAUUGCGUUUCUUGCAUCGGGAAAUACUUACUGUUGGAGCCUCUGGAGGGAGACCACGUUUUCCGCGCUGUGCAUCUGCACAGCGGAGAGGAGCUGGUUUGCAAGGUGUUUGAGAUCAGCUGCUACCAGGAGUCCCUGGCCCCCUGCUUCUGCCUGUCUGCCCAUAGCAACAUCAACCAAAUCACGGAAAUCCUCCUGGGAGAGACCAAAGCCUAUGUGUUCUUUGAGCGAAGCUAUGGAGACAUGCAUUCCUUUGUCCGCACUUGUAAGAAGCUGAGGGAGGAGGAGGCAGCCCGACUGUUCUACCAGAUUGCCUCAGCUGUGGCCCAUUGCCACGAUGGAGGCCUGGUGCUGCGUGACCUCAAGCUGCGGAAAUUUAUCUUCAAGGAUGAAGAGAGGACUCGUGUCAAGCUGGAGAGUUUGGAAGACGCUUACAUUCUCCGGGGUGAUGAUGACUCACUCUCUGACAAGCAUGGCUGCCCAGCGUAUGUCAGCCCAGAGAUCUUGAACACCAGCGGCAGUUAUUCGGGCAAGGCAGCGGACGUGUGGAGCCUGGGGGUAAUGCUGUACACCAUGUUGGUGGGGCGUUACCCUUUCCAUGACAUUGAGCCUAGUUCUCUUUUCAGUAAGAUCCGCAGGGGCCAGUUCAACAUUCCAGAAACUCUGUCUCCCAAGGCCAAGUGCCUCAUCCGAAGCAUCCUGCGACGGGAGCCGUCAGAGCGGCUGACCUCGCAGGAAAUUCUGGACCAUCCUUGGUUUUCUACAGAUUUUAGUGUCUCAAAUUCGGGAUUUGGUGCUAAAGAGGCGUGUGACCAGCUGGUGCCAGACGUCAACAUGGAGGAGAACUUGGACCCUUUCUUUAACUGAGCUCAAGGCCCAGGGACACAUAGCAGGUACCAGGAGCAAGAGAGAGCCCCAGAAAGGAGUUCUGGGACACAGGUGGCCUGGCUGAGAAGCAAGACGGACAUUCAUAUUUACACAUUUCUUGGUUCAGAGAAGGAAUAUGUUCUAGGAGCUGACGGAACACGUAGCAUGGGAACAAGACGUGUGGGAUGGGGGUUGGGUUCAGAUGGACGGGAGCCCCUCCCCUAAGCUUCUCUUCCCUGGGGUAGCCUGAGAGUCCCCCUUACCAGUAGGGCUAUUCUACCCCACUUUUCAUUUUGUUCAGAAAUAGUUGCAGAUCUCGAUAGAAUCCAAACUCUUCUGCCUCAAACACCUACCUUGGCAUUGCACUGUUAGCAUUUAACUUCUUGUUACGAUUCAGGGAAGGGACAAUUGAUCGAAGAUUUUUUUUUUUUUUUUGGAACAGACCAACCACCUAUGUAAUAAUUAAUAAGAUUCACCUAAAAAUAAUAAUAAUUCGGUGCACACAGACUGACCUGAAACCUGGGUGCUAAACUAAAAGAAAACAAAAGUUCCAGUUGUCGUCUCUCAUUCGCACUUUCCAAUUCAUUUCUUCUAAAUAAACGAUGUCCUAUUCUGGUUAGGAAGUAACACAUUAACGCUUUGCUCCCUGAACGGGGAGGGGGAGUCUGUUCCUCCACAGACAUUUCUGUUUUGUAUCAGCUGGUUUUUGUAGCAGGAAACUAUCAGAAGUCAAACUUCCAGAUGUAUUAUCACAGUUCAGGGGAAGAAGAAAGGAAAAGAAGAAAAAUCCAACUCCUUUCUGGUUUUUGUUCUUUUGAAGGAAGAGGGUUCACAUUGUAGACAUUGCUCUCUGCUCCAAAUUCAGUGAGGGGCUCCCAGAGGGCAGGCGCCUCCUGGAGUCAGAUCUUUUUGAUGAUGCUGAUCUCAACGUUUUGUUUUUGCUUUAUGGGAAACUAGUAAAACGAGACAGGUUGUCCCAUGUGUAUAAAAUACAGGGCAGCUAUUUCCUUUUCUUUGCUAAGAAUGAUCCUUUGGGCUUGGAAAGGCCCUCUGGUUUGAACAGAAAGAGUAAACGGGCAAUAAGCCAAAAGCCAGGAUGAUAUACAUACAAACAGCUCUCUGUCCCAAUACGCACCUUGUAUUUAUUAAGGAAAAUGUCACAUUGUGAUGUAUUAAGCCAGUACUUCAAUUACGGGUCAACGGGAUGACAUGUUACAUGCUGUAGUUUAACAUUUAUAAUUUUGUUCCCCUGUUUUGAGUAUUUCUGUCCCUGGAAUAACCUUUUAUUUGGCUUUCUCUAGAUAGCCUUAUUUGAUUUUGAGUGGCAAAAUGUUUUUCCUUUUGUACUCUGGCUUUUCUAUUGCUGUAUGAUACAGAACUCUUUUGGCAUAAAUAUUUGUGUUCCCAGUACCUCAGUCGUUUGGGUUUUCCUGCCUGCAUCUGUUUUGUGAAAUGGUCCUGUUUUUGGGUAGGUGACACGUGGACUCUAGUGUGUAAAUGUUACUUGAAUCUGUGCUUCACUCUAGUAUGUGGCAUGUGUGUGCGGACUCUUGGAUGCUUCACGCCUACUCCACUGGAGCCCCUGUCCCCAGGAGGACAGCUUCCCCACUGAUAAUCAGGAGACCAAGCUGCCAUGGAUUUACCCUUGAUUCUAUUUUGAUAAUGGAAGAUACAGAGAGAGGGUUUUUACAUUCAGAAGAUGGUGCUGUGGCAAGAAGGACCUUUUAUCUUCCCUCUCCCCUGUUUUUAAAGUCCUCGGUGGGAGGAAAGAUUGGAAACAUGCAUGAUGGGGACUAAUGGCCUCUGGUGCUUUGUCCUGUAUUUGGUUUAAUGUUUUUGUCCUAAUCUCUUCAAUCAAUAAAAUUGUGCGUAUUUAACUAAAA